CGGGUUGUUGGCUUAGUUUGGUUCAUAUUCAUAGUUACGGCUACGGGCUUUUGGCAAGUCUUUCAUCGCUCUCAGUUUUGCCAGUUAAUAGUGACUUGUCUGCGACCAAGCGCUGCAGUAAACUAUCGGCGGCACAAGCGCUACGUUCUACGUUUAAACGCUCAAACGGUCGAUUGAUCGGACUUUUUUUUUUAUUUGAAUUUUGUAUGUUGUUAAGCAACCUGUUGUCGAGGUGAUCUAUCGGGAUAUCCCAAAAUAUCAGUCGUUUAAUUAGAAAACAAAAUUAAAUUCUUCUUAAAAUAAAGUGGAAGUAUGUUCAUGAUCGUUUGGUCCUCUCAACUUAGAUCAAAAAAGUGAUCGAGACAAAAGCGGCUCGAGGGGAUCUUGCAUAAUACAGGGAAAAAAAGUACAACGACAAUCGACGAAGUACUCGUAUAAAGUCUACGACAAUAACGACGAUAAGAUUUGCGUCGCUUAGUGAGAAUAUAGUCGAACGAGUGAUCUUUAUUUUUUGUUGUCUGUGGUAUGCAAACGAUCGUUGCGGACCAGAGAGUUUGCUUUUGCUGAAAAAAGUGUUUCAAAAGAAAUACCUUUCAGGCGGGUUGUUUAAAAGGCGCGCGCGCACACUCUUAUAAUACCGACCAAGCCGACAACACGAAAACGACAACGACAACUACGGCGACGAGGACGACGCGACAUCGAAGUUGCAGUCACAGUGUGGAACUAAGAAAUCGUGGUCGUUAUAAAUUCGAUUAAAUUCCUUGCAAGUUUAGUGAAGUUGUGCCAAGAAGCUCAAUUGAGCAUUUGGCGGGACGCAAUUAUCCGGGCUAAGAAAAAAGGCUGAUAGACUUUCCUUCAGCAUUAAGUACAUACGUCGAAUUGUAGCUAUUGAAAAGAGGAAAAUCGAGCAGAAAAUAAUUUUCCGCACAAACUUCCACUUUUGAAGUUAAAUAAAGAAAAACAAAAUAUUUUUGAUCGCGUUUCUUGCUUUUGUUUUGUGUGUCCAGCUUUAGCUUGUGGCGACAACGUUACCGACAGGCCAAAGUGACAGUUCAAGCUAUACAAAAAAGAAAUAGUAGUUACGAUUAUAGGUGAAGAGAUAUAUCUAAGAUAGGUAUAACUUCUAUAUACCAACUUGUAACAACGAAGACGAUAUCAGACAUUUAAAUAAGUUGUAACUUAAGAAGCGCGGUGCAUUUGGAUGCAACGGAGGGAGGACGUGACGACGCGAAAGAGGAAUGCCAUCAUAAAAAGAGUGUGCAAUCAAAACGAAGUGGGCUUGAGCAUAUAUCAAGUAUAUUCGACAUUUCAGGCCUAACUCUAACCUGAACCAAUCUUAAGUUUGAUUGAAAUAUACGCAUUAAACCAUCAGAUUUGCAUUAUGUAAUCCAAUCGCAAUAACGUACAAUCCAAAAUAAACGCGACGCGCCGCCGCCCAACUUUAAACCAGAGGACAAACUAUUUCUAUAUAUUGCCGCAGUCUUUCCUGAUUUAUUAUCAAUUCAACAAUUCUGUGAUACAAAAAACCAAAAGAUGAAGCCGUUGGCCUUGCACUUGGUUGUGAUUCUCUUUGUGGGAUCACAACUGCUUGGCACGGUGGUUCUACAGACACCGAUGACGACGGGUCAGCCGCCAUCACUACCGUCUCCGCAGCGAUCACAACUAACAACAAUGAUGACGCCAUCAUCAUUGACAUCAUCCAUAAAACUAAUGGCCAUCACUACUAGCACAUUACCUAACAGCACAGCCAGCAGCAACAGCGGCAGCAUUAUCACAGACACUAACAAUAACAGUAACCAGAGAUCAAUGGCACACGACCAUUCAACGCCGCCGCCGGAUGAUGAUGCUUCAGACGAAGAUUCCACUCCACCAUCAUCAUCAUCAUCACCAUCAGUUAAUGGUCGCAAUGUUGCGACGGCAACGAUGGCGAUAGAGUCGACUCGUGGUGGUCGUUCCAUUGGAAGUGGUGGCAGCAGCAGCAGCAACAUACCAAGAGAUUCUCCUCAGCAGCAACGGCGGCAAUUUCAUCCACAGUAUAGGUCACCAUCUGCGGCAUCAUCAGCAUCAUCAUCCUCGUCGUCGAGUAUACAGCAAAUGCAACAACUGCAUCGACACCAGUUCCAACGUCAAUCUUCUGAGUCUUCAACUAGCCAACCAGUCGUGGCAGUGCACCGGCUACAGACAGUAAAAACACCACGAAUGAUUCAUCGGCUGGUUGGAGGACACAUACAAAAUUCACAAUCUGUUAGUGAUAAAGUUCUGACAACUUCUAAGCCAUCAACACAGAGUCUUAUCAACAAAAGAACUCCGCUUCACAUAAGCAGCUCUUAUAGAACGCCUAAAAUCGGUCUAAGUCAGCCCAUAGCAACAACAACACGAAAACCAAACGCCGAAUCCGUAGAAGCUAACGAUCGUGAAGAUUUUGACGAUGCAGCGUAUCUUGAUGAUCCGGGUGAUUUUGGUAAUUGGGACAAUGGUAUCCUACGACUCAGUGCUGGGAGUGGAAAAGAAACCUCAACAAAGGGGAAGAAGAAGGAUGAAUCGAAGAAAACCCUUUCCGAUCAAGUUCGUGAUGGAAAAUACGGACUUAUCGAGAAGGAACUAUUCCGCAGGGAGCCUCAACGGCCAGGUGUUCUGAGUUAUCUGCCAAACAAGGAAGUUCCCAUCGAUAAUGAACGAAACUACGGAGGUCUCAACGAAGAAGACAUUUGGUUGGCUGAAGACCAUUUGCUGGUGAUUAAGGGCGGUAGCUUAAAUGAACCAGAUCCAGCUGAGCCAUGGCCUCCACUUGACGAUUAUGAUGCACCAGGUCGACAAAUAAAAAUACCACCAAAUCCAAAAGUUCCGCCACCAUUUCCCGUCCAGCUCGAAGAAAAUGGCCCGAUACAGUUUAUCGGAAAUAGUAAAGUUUCGAUCGUCUAUCCAAUCGCGAACGAAUCGAUAUCCUUAUAUUCCACCGGAACAGAAUCUCAAAAUGAAGCAUCCGAAGUUGAUGAUACCAAUCAGAAAAAUUUACUUACCCGGCCCGGAACGUCAGGCGGCUCUGAGAAAGGCCAAAAUGAUCCAAGUUACUUCUACCCCAAACCCUAUCCGUCAUGGCUCUUCCAAAAUCAAACGUUUGUAAAUCCAUUUUUGGGUGCAAGACCUUUGCCAUUCGCUGGAAUUGGACCAUUUACAAAUGGUUCCUUGGAGGCUUUCAAUGGCACUGAUUUUGAUGAGGAUGAUCCAUCGUUGUAUUAUCCUCCACCUUAUAGUUUCGUCUACAAAAGUAAUUAUUCAAAUCCAGUGCCUCCAGGGCCCUUGGUGCCGGGAAUAGUGUUGCCACCUCCCCCAGAUGCCUUUGCACGAUUGGAGAAACCCCGGAAUAGAUUCCCAUCUUAUUCCACUACAACGACUACAGAAGUACCAUUCAGGGAGAUUUUAACGAAAAUUUCGGAGUACACUCCGAAAACAGUUGUGGUGAGUACCCAAAAACCAACAAGACCACCUCCACAGCUCACAACAUCGCCCAAGCUACAACCAGUGCCGGUACAGCAGGAAGUUUACUAUUCGGCCCCAACACCGAAUCCAUCCAAGUUGCAACCAGUUCCGGUACAGCACGAAAUUUACUACUCAGCUCCUUCACCACCGUCAUCUGCCCCUACAAGAGUGUAUUCGACUCAGAACAGCGUAUCAUUUGUUCCUACAACAAGUCGCAAGCCAACAGGCAAUGCUCCAACACUCUCAAAAUCAAAUCCAAUCUACUAUGAAUACUACGAGGCCCGCAAGGAGCCCCCAUCAACCACACAAAGCUAUGUCCCUGAAUUUAUACCAAAACCCUCAACGGCACAACAGAGACCACAACACAAACACUCAAAGAACCACAACAAGCCCAAGACCAAUAAUAAUCCCCAAUACUAUUACACCACCACAACAACCAGCAGGCCUCCAACGAAACAGCAGCAGCAGCAAUACAUCCCAACAAGUCGACCCCAAUUCGUCUACGAAGACUACGUCUACAUUACUCCAAAACCUGAGAUCCGCCCUAAUGGCAUCUCGAAUACCAACCGCAACUAUGUACCCUAUCAACCUCCAGUCAAGGUUCCACCACUUAAGAGCAACCUUCCCUACGAGAGUUUUGAGCGCGAGGUCAAUGCCAUUCGAGAAAAGCUUCAAUUCUACCAGAGUCAGCAUCUACAAGACAACAGUAUUCCUCGCACUCCGAAAUCCAAGUCAGAAUACGAUUUCAAUUUUAACACCGCAAAGCCCACGAACCGCAAUUUCAAUCCACCAGCGGAAUACGAUGCCGAACCAUUCAAACCAAUGGUGCCCUACAGCCCGCCCGUGGAUGAUGCAAAUUCUUUCAGAGCUAUUGCCUUCGAGAAGGUUGACAAUGAUCUGUCCUCAGUACAGGGUUACUAUGACACUUCAACCACCGUCGAACCACCACCAGUAAGACAACAGAAAAAAAUUCGUGUCGGGGCAAAGUAUCUGCAACCUCUAAUAACACCCUAUGACCAAGAACAGCCGAUAAGUGGCAGACCAAUUGAGUACAAUUCGGUGUCAACACCUCGGACGGUCUUAACAACAGCGAAACCUUGGAUUACGGUUGAAAAACAAGUGGUUCAGGAAGUACCAGCUCCCCAGAAAUCAGCACGACUACAGGUGGCCAGCAAUCGUGGAUUCCAAGGUCAGUUCCCUGGCUAUUACUAUAAUCCGCCAAUGCGUCAAAAUAACCGCUACUACGAGGAGCCCUUCUAUCAACAACCUCCUCCAACAAGAAAAGUUAUUAACAAUCGGCCGAUGCGCCCUCAAAAGCCACAACAACAACAGGUUUGGAGUUUGGAAAACGACACCUAUGUCAAUUACGCUCCAAAUAGGCCUCCACUUAACCCCGAGGCCGAGUUCAUCAACCCCUAUCAGCCCUUCAAUCAGUAUUCAAAGCCUCAGUACAGUCAGUCUCAGCGGCUUCCACCAGCGAUUCAAAAUCAAAGUCCCUACUUUCCACCACCACCCAGUAGAUUGCCCAAUCGACAGCAACAGGUGUCACUCCAUAGAGAUACACUUGUCAAUUAUCGUCAGCCAUUGCCUCCUAUUAAUCCCGACAGUGAGUACAUCAGUAUUCCAAGUCGAAAUCAGCAGCCCCAGCAGCAGCAGCAACAACAACAGUUGCAGCAAUUGCCCUUGCCAAGCUAUCAUUCGCCAGUACAAUACCGAGAUCCACAGCAAAAUGGAAAUGCAUACUUUAUAACGCCGAACUACAGGCGAUACAAUGGUGGAGGUGGAGUUGCAGCUGGAGCUGACCAUUAACUUCCUUCUCUUGUGUCAAAAUGUGGCAUAUCAUCUGUCAAAAAACUUGUCAAGAAUUUCAAAUGACUUUUACUAAAAAAUGUAUAUCCUACCAAUAUAACGCUUAAAAAGCGGUGGCAUGUUGGAUGCAAGUUAGAUAGACAAACAUAAAUCACUUUGACAUUGAAAGCUGUCAAAAACAAAAUAAAAUGACAUCUAUAGUGUAUAUUUACUUAAAAUCAAUAUCUAACGGGCAAUGAACACGGCCAGUGACAUUCACUCAAGGAAUAAGUCAAUGUCAAACAAAUGUCAAUUAGGUGUUUCUAUUUUUCUGUUUCUUCUGUAGUAUCUUCUUAAUUUUACAUUUUAUAUGUGAUGUGGUUAUAUAAUUUCCAGUGUUAUUUAAAUAUUUUACUAUAAGUAAAAGAAUACUGUUAUUGUUGUUUUGAGAUUAGUGGAUAAAAUUUGUCUUUAGAAAAGGCGUUGAUUUUAUUAAUUUUGUCUCAAACAUUGGGUUGAGGCUGGUAAACUUCCUAAGCAAAUAAAAAAUGGUUAACUUGCUCAAAAUGCUCGAAUUUUUUCAUUAGAACUUGAUAAAGUUAUAAAUUAAAAAAAUAUAUUUUUAAGAAUUAUUUUUAAUGCUUGUAAAUAAUAAUAGUUUUUCAUUAUGAAUUUUGAAUAUAAUUUCACCAACAAUUAUUCUCUAUGCAAAAUUCCAUUUAUCAAAAAGUUCUUAUUUUUCUAUAAU